AUGGCCACCACAACAACAUCACCACCUCCUCAACCUCAACCACAAUCCUCAUCCCCCUCAUUCCCCUUCCCCCGCGAAUACUUCUUCCCCGCCUUCUUCACCCGCCAAACAAACAUCACCAUCCACCACGCCCAGCUCACAAAAUGGUCCGCCCUCAUCCUCGCCUACGCCCGCCACCACCGCCUCUUCCGCAUAACCAUCUCCGCCGCCGCAGAGUCGGACCUCUUCUUCAACCGUGGCAUCGAUCGUCGCCUGUCUCCGCCCGACAUCCGCGAGGUCCUCGACUUCAUGCGCAAGGACGGCCGCGCAGAGUUCCUCCGGCCCGGCGAAAGCAAUGGCGCCGCUGACACCUCGUCUUCUGCUGCUGCUGGCGGCGAUGUCGUGUUUUUGUAUUGGCGGAAACCGGAGGAGUGGGCGGCUCUUGUUGAGGCUUUUGUGGAAGAGACGGCGCAAAAGGGAAGCGUUUUGACUGUGUAUGAGCUGACAGAGGGAGAAAACACCAGAGGAACAGAGUUCCAUGGCAUGGACAACCAAGUGCUCAUGAAGGCAUUGAAUAUCUUGGUCAAACGGGGCAAAGCUCAAAUCUUCGGCUCCGAAGACUCUCUCGGUGUCAAAUUCUUCUAA